UUCAAUUCACAACCACCUCCUCUCUCUCUCUAAUUUUGAUUCUCAAAACAAGAUCGUUGCUGUUGCCGGUUGCAAUUUGUCCGUCCCCAUAUUCCAGAUGGGUGUUCAUAAAUUCUUGUUAAUCCUCGUUUUUAUGGGUUUCUUCUUCCAAUUACAUCUCACCAAUGCUCAGAAUCUCCCAAUUUGCCAUUCCGAUGAUUCCAGAGCCUUGGACGAAUUCCACACAGCCUUAGAAUCCAGAAUCGACGGAUGGAACACCAACUGUUCGACGAAUUGCUGCAAUUGCGUCGGCCUCACUUGUGAUUCUUCCGGAAGGGUUGUCAAGAUGGAGCUCGGCGGGAAAAGGCUAAUGGGUCAAUUACCAGACUCCAUUGGAAGCUUGGAACAACUCAGAGUCCUCAAUCUCUCCUCCAAUUUCCUCACCGGCUCGAUUCCCAUGCCCCUGUUUCAUCUCCCACACUUGGAAAUUCUCGAUCUCAGCUUCAACAACUUCUCCGGGAGUAUCUCUAGUAUCACCAUCAAUUUGCCUUCCAUUCAGCUUCUUAAUGUUUCUCACAAUUCAUUCCAUGGUUCUAUUCCACAUGUGGUUUGUGCCAACUCCUCCAGAAUUGAAGUUCUGGAUCUGGGUUUCAACCAUUUAUCUGGUAUGUUUCCUGUUGAACUUGCUAAGUGUAAUUCCUUGGAGGAACUGUAUCUUGAAUCGAAUUUCAUUAGUGGUGGAAUACCUGACGAAGCUUUUGGGCUGCGAAAAUUGAACCAUUUUAGCAUUCAGAAUAAUAAGCUCUCUGGUUCUUUGAGCGGUGGUGUUGGUAAUCUCACGAGCCUUGUUCGGUUGUAUUUGUCAUCUAAUGGGUUUUCUGGAGAAAUUCCUGAUGUUUUUUAUAAUUCUGUGAAUUUGGGGUACUUUAUUGCAGAGUCUAAUAGGUUUAGUGGGAAGGUUCCCAAGUCCUUGUCAAGUUCUCCUUCACUUACUGUCCUUAAUUUGAGGAACAAUUCGAUAGAGGGAACUCUUGAUCUUGAUUGUUCAGCAAUGGCAAACUUGAUUUCACUAGACUUAGGCUCUAAUAGGUUCGUUGGCCCUAUACCAAGUAAUCUUCCCUCUUGUACCCAACUGAGAAGUAUAAACCUUGCAAGGAACAACCUCGGCGGUCAGAUACCCGAAAGCUUUAGGAAUUUCCAGAGCCUCAUGUAUUUAUCGCUCUCGAGGGUGAGCAUCGUUAAUGUUUCGUCUGCUCUUAAUAUCUUGCAACAUUGCCAGAAUUUGAGUGCUCUGAUUCUUACCUCUAACUUCCAAGGUGAAGAGUUGGGAGAUGAUCCUAACUUGCAUUUCAAGAGCCUCCGAGUUUUGGUAAUUGCUAAUUGUGGUUUGAAGGGAAUGAUUCCCCAGUGGUUGAGAGGUUCUACCAAGUUGGAGCUGUUGGAUUUGUCAUGGAACUGUCUCCGAGGAACUAUUCCGUCCUGGUUUGGCGAGUUUCAGAUUCUGUUUUACUUGGAUUUAUCUAAUAAUUCAUUCACUGGAGAUAUACCAAAAGAGAUGACUGAAUUGAUGAGUUUCAUCGGCAGAAACAUCUCGUUGAACGAAGCGUCCCAACCGGAUUUCUCCCUUUUCUUGAAAAGAAACGGAACUGCAUUGCGGUACAAUCAAGUUUGGAGAUUUCAAACCACACUGAACCUCAGCCUGAACGGUCUCACUGGGCCAAUCUGGCCAGAGUUUGGAAAUCUUAAAAAGAUUCAAGUUCUUGAUUUGAAAAUCAACAAUUUGUUGGGAUCGAUUCCGAGUACCCUCUCUGAGAUGGUUAGUUUAGAGACUCUGGAUUUGUCUCAUAACAAUCUUUCAGGAAUAAUUCCACCUUCACUGGAAAAACUCAAUUUUUUGUCAAAGUUCAGUGUUGCAUACAAUCAAUUAAACGGGGUGAUUCCUAAAGGAGGUCAGUUUCAUACCUUUGGUAACUCUAGCUUUGAAGGAAACAGUUAUUGCGUUGGUCGCGAUUCCUGUAUAUCAAUUGACCAAAAUCAUCUUGUACCGUCCCACAACUCAGGAGUAGUUAUUGGGACUAUUAUAGGUAUGAUUUUCGGUAUUGUGUUAGGGGUCAUGUUUCUUGCAACUCUCGUGGUUGUGUUUAUGCUUCGAGUACCUCGGGGAAGAGUUCAAGAUCCUGAAAAAGAUGUGUCCAACACUGAUUGUAAUGACUUGGAGGAAGACAAGGCAGGAUUGGUAGUUUUGUUCAGAAACAAUAACAAUGGAAGUCUCUCGCUGGACGACAUUUUGAAAUCAACAAAUGACUUCGAUCAAGCAAAUAUCAUCGGAUGUGGGGGUUUUGGUUUAGUUUACAAAGCCACCCUUCCCGAUGGUAGAAAUGUAGCUAUUAAACGGUUGUCUGGUGAUUGUGGUCAAAUGGACAGAGAAUUCCAAGCAGAAAUCGAAACACUUUCAGGCGCUCAGCAUCCGAAUCUCGUUCUUCUUCAGGGGUAUUGUAUAUAUAAAAAAGACAAGCUUUUGAUAUAUUCAUUCAUGGAGAAUGGUAGCUUAGAUUACUGGUUACAUGAAAAACCUGAUGGCUCAUCUUGCCUCGACUGGGAUACCAGACUGCGGAUUGCUCAGGGUGCCGCAGGGGGGCUGGCUUAUUUGCAUCAGUCCUGUGAACCCCAUAUCCUACAUCGAGAUAUAAAGUCGAGUAACAUUCUUCUAGAUGAGAACUUCAGAGCUUAUUUGGCCGAUUUCGGGCUUGCCAGGCUCAUACUUCCCCAUGAUUCCCACAUAACGACCGACCUUGUUGGUACGCUGGGCUACAUCCCCCCCGAGUAUGGACAAUCCUCGGUGGCUACUUACAAAGGCGAUGUGUACAGCUUUGGAGUCGUUCUAUUAGAGCUUUUGACCGGUAAAAGGCCGAUCGAUAUGUGCAGACCGAAAGGACUUCGAGACUUGAUCUCUUGGGUGUUCCAAAUGAGGAAAGACAAUAGAGAAAGUGAAGUGUUCGAUCCAUUUAUAUACAACGAGCAGCACGAGAUAGCGAUUACACGAGUUCUCGAUAUAGCAUGCCUUUGCGUGAAUGAGGCACCUAAAGAGAGGCCUUCAGCUCAACAGCUAGUUUCUUGGUUUGAUAAAGUAAGUUAAAUCUCCCAAGUUCCUGAAGCCAUUCAACUGUACAUUACAUUGGUAUAUGGAUUGGAUACUCUCCACACGAAUUCUUUUUGUGUACAUAAUGCAGAUUCUGCAGUCUUAAUUCAAUAUGUGAGCUUCAUUUUGAGAAUAAAUAGUCAUCUUUUUUUAAUAGCUGUAAACUAAAAGUAUAUUAGUUA